AGCAACUAACACUCUCUCUUCUCUGAUCACAAUACAUCAAAAUGACCUCUCAUCAGAGAAUCUUACCUUCUUGCGAUUUCAUUUUCUUUCUUUUUCCAAGCUCUUAACUACCAAUCUCUUCUCCACAUAUUCAAGAACAUAUUGCGAUGGUAAUGGGUUUCAAAUUCGAGGAGAUUAAGUCGAAGAAGACUUUUAUUGGACUUGGAUUGGGACAGAUCCUCUCCCUUCUCUGUACUUCUAAUGCCUUUACAUCUUCUGAACUCGCCAGAAAAGGAAUUAAUGUUCCAACAACACAAUCGUUCCUUAGUUAUAUGCUACUAGCAAUCGUCUAUGGAGGUAUCAUGCUAUACCGAAGACCCACAAUUAAGGGCAAGUGGUAUCACUAUUGUCUCCUUGCUUUAGCUGAUGUGGAGGGAAAUUUUCUUGUGGUGAAGGCUAAUCAGUACACAUCGAUAACGAGUGUGAUGCUACUAGACUGCUGGGCCAUCCCUUGUGUUUUGGUGUUGACUUGGGUUUUCCUGAAAACAAAAUAUAGACUGAUGAAGAUUAGCGGUGUGGUUAUAUGUAUCCUUGGUGUUGUUAUUGUAGUCUUUUCUGACGUUCACGCAGGGAGCCAAGCAGGAGGAAGUAAUCCUGUUAAAGGAGAUUUUCUUGUGGUAGCUGGAGCAACCUUAUACGCUGUCAGUAAUACCACCGAGGAGUUCCUUGUGAAGAAUGCAAACACUGUUGAGCUUAUGACCUUCAUGGGACUUUUCGGUGCUAUUAUUAGUGCCAUUCAGAUAGCCAUAUUUGAACGUGGUGACCUUAAAGCUAUUAAUUGGUCAGCUGAGGCUGCUUUUCCUUUUCUUAGAUUCGCAGUCACCAUGUUUCUUUUCUACUCACUACUCCCGGUUUUACUCAAGACCAGUGGUUCAACCAUGUUCACCCUCUCGUUACUCACAUCAGACAUGUGGGCAGUUUUGAUCCGCAUUUUCGCUUACCAUGAGAAGGUUGAUUGGCUAUACUACUUGGCAUUUGGUACUACAGCUAUUGGACUGAUCAUAUACUCAAUGAAGGAGAAAGAUGAGGAGAAGCAAAAAGAUGAGCAGAGAAAGCUGUUGGAUGAGGAGGGUGGUGAAGAGAUAUAACAAUAUUGACUCAUUGGCUUGUGAAUCUGUUGUGAUAUACAAUUGGCAACUGUAAAGAGAAAAACUGCCUUGUGUAAUGUCAUUGACUUAUUGUAUUGGCUUGUGAAGUUUUGGACUGAGACAAAUUUGUAUUUUAUAGCAACAAUUGGCAAUUGUAAAGAGAAACAGGGCUUUGUUUGAUCUUUGAUCUAAUUGUAAAAAAGCACAAAGC